AUGGCAGACUUUCAUCCAAGUUUGUUCAGGAGAAAGAAUAAGUCCGAAGGCAUGCCUGAGGCAGUAUCCGAGACCAAGUCUGCAUCGAUACCCCAGAACACGUUGUAUGAAGAGCCCCUAGUUUCUCAGCACAAGGCAAGAAAGAGGUAUGUGACUAUAUAUGGAUUUACACCGGGAAACCUCAAUGCUGUGAUGGACGCAGCUAAGUCCUGUGGGGAUAUCCUGGAGGUGGAGUAUGGAAAGAAUUGGAUAAACGUUUUGUUUGACAACGAGGAUAGCAUAAAAAGGUGUCUGAAACUAAAUACAGCCGUAGUUGAGGAUGAGAUUGUGGGAGCCUUUAGGCAGGGUGGAGGCAUUAUUGAAGACCGGGACAUUUUUGUAAGGAAAAAGGGAGUGUUUACGUCCAUAAUGGAAUAUCUGUUUGGGGAUUAA